CUUGGAUCAUUUAAAUACUGGCCUAAACAAUAUCGACCAACCAAAACUCAGCUGGCUGAGGCAGGAUUUUUUCAUACAGUUGUAGCUAAUAAAGUAAUCUGUUUUUGUUGUGGUGUAGCUAUAUUAGACUGGGAACCAACAGCUGACUCCUGGCAGCAACAUGCUCUAGUCUCAUCUCAAUGUCACUUUAUUCUUCAUGAAAAAGGGCCAGAAUUUAUUAGAGAAAUGGCAGCUAUUAAGCAUAGAGAAUUACAAACUGGAGCUCAGCAACAGCAAGAAAUGGAGGUUACUUUAAUUGGAGAGAGAAAUGAAUAUCUAAAUAGAAUAGAACAACUGAAGCGAGAAGUUGAAGAAGAAAUAAAGAAAUAUGAAAAAGACAAUGUGUGUGUAUUCUGUGUAAGUAAAGAUAGAAACAUCAUGUUUAAACCAUGUAGACAUAUCUGUUGUUGUGAACAAUGUCUACCAAACUUUAAAGGCAAACCAUGCCCGUAUUGUAAAACCAUUAUUCAAGGGUGGCAGGUCGUUUUCUUGCCUUAA